UGCUAGGAUACCUGUGUACGGGAUGUAUUUUUUUAAUUUGAAAUACUAUGUGAUAGACCAACACAAAGUAGAGCAUAAUUGUGAUCUGGAAGUAAGAUGAGAAAUGGUUUGCCAUGAUUUUUUGUAAAAGAAUCUGAAAAGUGUGGCGUGCAUUUGUAUCCAGCCCUCCUGAGUCAAUGCUGGGGUUUUUUUUUUUGUUGUUGUUCUUUGCAGUAGGGUUCAAGCUCAAUAGGAUUUCUCUGUGAACAUCAGUUUCCACAUCUUUAUUCAGAUUCUCUGUUGGAUUUAGGUCUGGACUUUGAGCCAUUCUAGUACAAGGUAAUAUGAUCUAAGGUACUCUAUUGUUGGCAAGUAUUUUUGCUGCUUCUACCGGUCUUUUUUUUAGGAUUAUCCUGUAUAUGCCGUGUAGUGUUUUGCAGUUCGGCCAUCAAGUUGAAUUUUGGUCUUAUCUGACCAGAAUACACGUUUGCUAUCCCCCAUACAUGGCUUGUUGCGAAGUUUAAAUGGCAGUUCCUAUUGCUUUCUAUCAAUAGUGGCUUUCUUUAUGCCGCCCUUUCAUCAAGGCCAGAUUUGUGAAAUAAAUGCACAACUGCUCAUUGACAGCUCCUCCAGAAUAAUCACGGACCUACUUUUCCGAUUAAUGCUGGAUUUUAUUUUGGCACAUCCAAGUUAAAGGGGCAGGAUAUAAAUGCACGCCCCACCACGUAUCCUUUUCCUUCCACUUCACAAUUCUGCCCUUAAAAUAAAAUUAAUUUUGUGGUUAUAACAGCAAGUUCAAAAAGGUAGGAAUACUUUUGUAAGACACUGUAGUUGUUAAGGUGUUUCUGAGCUACAGAGAUACACUGCCUUGCAAAAGUAUUCAGCUCCCUAUUUCCUAUUUUGUUACAUUCCAGUCUGUAAUUAAAAUGUUUUUUAAUCCUAUUUAUUUUUUGUGAUGGAUCUGCAAAAAAUAGUCUUAAGUUUGUGAGUGAAACGAGAAAAUUAUAAAUAAAAACAACUGAAAAUUGGAAUGUGCCGAUGCAUCAACUUCCUUUGCUAUGAAGCCCUUAAAAAGCUCUGCUCCAACCAUUUACCUUCAAAAGUCACAUAAAAUGAAGUUCACCUAUCUAAGUGCCACAUAACACCUUUACUGGAUGCCCCCAGAGGCUGCAGGACCACUAAGCAAACCAUGAAGACCAAGAAACUCUUCAAAGAAGUCAGGGACAAAGUUGUUGAGAAGUACAAGUCAGGGUGGGGUAUAAAAAAUAUGCAAAUCUUAUUGUUCCCCUGGACCACCAUCAAAUCCAUCGUAUACUUUCACAAGGCACUGUGUUGUAAUCACAUUACGAUCCUACUUAUGGUUCCUAAUUUCCACAAAGUUCAAUGAUUGAGACCUUUUUUGUCCUCCAUUAUUAAGACUAUAAUGAUUGAGUAGCUCCACAGAAUAGUUUUAGCUGAGCCACUCCAAUUGUACCUUGUUUUUAUAGCCCCGCUCUAUGAAAACAUCACAUUAUCACCCUCAGAUUUCUGUUCAUCUGAACAUUGAUGUGUUACUAUUUAGAUUUUGAUACAGAGCCUUAAGCAAGAAUACAAAAUAAAGACCUGCUUAACCUAGGGAGCAGUUUUCAUCUUCUUAUUGUGAAAUUAUUAUACCUUUUUGCCAUUCUGCUCUUCAGAGCAGCUGUCUGUGUUUUUUUAUUUUUUUUUUUCCAACUGGAGAAAUGACCAAAUAUUCAGAAUGUCAUCCUUGAAGGCAAAGCAAAGGUUUAGUUUAGUUCUUUCACUCCUCUUGGCUGCAGUGCUGGGCAACAGGUAAGGGAGGGGCACAGUUCAGAUAAGACACCUGGAGUGGAUGAAUUCAGGAUCUCUUUCACCAAAGAUAGUGUUUGAAAAGAGUAAAGAAAAUCAUUAUCUGCUGGAAAAAUUCAAACGAAAUACUCUUUGAUGCCCUGAACACUGGCAUAAACUAACGAAAAAUGUUGUGGUCGGUUCGUUCACGUAAGGUCAUGUGUUCAGCAGGGAUGAACAUCGAAAACCUCACCCUCUGUGAGAAGAUCGUGUCACCCUCCUACAUCCGACAGGGCUCUCAGGCUCGUCGCGGCCACGAGCAGCUCAUCAGACAUUUACUGGACCAGGGUAAGUGUCCGGAGGAAGGAUGGAGCGAGAGCACCGUAGAGCUUUUCCUCAACGAGCUGGCCGUGAUGGACAGCAACAACUUCCUGGGCAACUGCGGCGUCGGAGAGAGGGAGGGCCGCGUGGCGUCCAGCCUGGUGGCGAGGAGACAUUACAGGUUGAUCCAUGGCAUCGGUCGGUCAGGUGACAUCGCCGCCGUUCAGCCCAAAGCUGCAGGAUCCAGUCUGCUUAACAAGCUCACAAAUUCUGUUGUUCUGGACAUCCUGAAGAUUUCAGGUGUUCGUAGCGUGGCAAGCUGCUUUGUUGUUCCCAUGGCAACGGGGAUGAGUCUGACUUUGUGCUUCCUGACCCUUCGUCACCGGAGACCCAAGGCCCGCUACAUCAUCUGGCCUCGCAUCGAUCAGAAGUCCUGUUUCAAGUCCAUGAUCACAGCAGGAUUCGAACCUGUGGUUGUGGAGAACGUCCUGGUGGGCGAUGAGCUGCGAACGGACCUGGAAACAGUCCAACGCAAGAUUCAGGAGCUUGGAGCAGAAAACGUCCUAUGUGUUCAUUCGACGACGUCUUGCUUCGCUCCACGCGUCCCCGACAGGUUAAUGGAAGAUUUUACCACAUUUUCAAACCUCUGCAGCAUUUCUGUUACAAUGCAUAUUUAUGUAUUUUAUCUAUUUUCUUCAGUGAGUGUUAAUAAAGAAAGCUCUAUUUCUUCAUUUGUUUGUAACAUACUGUCUUCCAGACUUGAAGAGCUGGCCACUAUGUGUGCCAAAUAUGACAUCCCUCACAUAGUCAACAAUGCAUACGGAGUGCAGUCUUCUAAAUGCAUGCAUCUUAUACAGCAGGGGGCACGCGUGGGAAGAAUCGACGCCUUCGUUCAGAGCUUGGACAAGAACUUCAUGGUCCCAGUAGGUGGAGCCAUCAUCGCGGGUUUUGAUGAGUCUUUUGUACAGGAGAUAAGCAAGAUGUACCCAGGCAGAGCAUCAGCUUCACCCUCGCUUGACGUCCUCAUCACCCUUCUCACUCUGGGAGCCAACGGCUACAAGAAGUACUUGUCGGAGAGAAAGGAGAUUUAUUCCUUCCUGGUUGAGGAGCUGAAGAAUCUUGCAUCUGCACAUGGGGAGAGGUUGCUUCACACCCCACAUAAUCCCAUAUCUCUAGCUAUGUCUCUAGAUGGUCUCCAGGCCUCGAGCAACCAGGCGGUCACUCAGCUCGGCUCCAUGCUGUUCACUCGGCAGGUGUCAGGAGCAAGGGUGAUACCGCUGGGUAAGGACCAGACCAUAAGCGGACACACCUUCCGUGGGUUCAUGUCGCACUCCGAGUCCUACCCGUGUCCGUACCUUAACGCCGCCUCGGCCGUAGGCAUCACCCGACAGGACGUGACGCUGUGCAUGAAGAGGCUCGACAAGUGUCUGAACGCUCUGAAGAAAGAUGGGAAAGCAGCAAGAAGUGGCUCCCCAGUACCUCAGACCAAUCAGGAGGUGCCCGAUAAAGAUUGACUGAGCAGAGAAAAUUUGAGCCUCUCUUUAAUUUAAUCCGGAUUUAUGCUUUAAGAGACUUGCAUUCUUAAAUGUAUGCUAAAAAUCUGAAGAUUCAUCAUUUAUAAAGAUUUUAUUUAUAAUUAAACCUGCUUUCACUGUGGUGUCUGGCUGAAAUAUUGUGAAAAUGCAGUCAGUCCCUCUCUCGGAUUAAAAAAAUAAUAGAUUUUU